ACUUCGUGAAGCCGUGGGAAUCGAGGGAUUUGUGAGCGUUUUUCGAUGCGCCUCCUGAAUCGGAGACUUCGGCUUAUAUCCGUGAUGCGACGUCAGGGGAGCUUGGUCAGCUUAGUUAGCCUUGACCAGUCUCUAUUGAGGAAAUGCGGCAGUGUUGGCUGUGGGGGUGUAGCGAGAGGUCUUGGAAUCGAGUUUCUCUUUUUCUUAGCUUCGCAAAGUUUUGGUCGAUGGGGAUUUACUCUACUAUAUAUAAGCUAACAUGUAGUGAUCCUCGAAACGUCCAAUUCGGUCUACGAAACACCUGUUUGUCUCAAGGGCUUCUAUCUCGACUCGUUCCGCUGUCAACGACACCCCCGCCAUGAAGCAUACAAAAGCUUGUCUGCUCGCAGCAGCAGCCGUCUCGGCAUCCAGCUGCGCUGCCGAGACGAACACCGGAGAUCGUGUCAUCCAACUCGGCAAGGGUUACUACAAUGGCACGACCAAGGUCCAGUUCACCACGGAGGCCCUCGGUGAAGCGGAUUUCUUCAAGAUCGACCCUGGCCCGAACGCAACUACCUUUGACUCCUGGUACUUUGAUGCGAUGAACCCUUCGACCAACGAGACAGUCGUCUUCAACUUUGAGGUCCAGAGACCGACCGACAACGGCGCGGAUGUAGGCACCACGCAGUACCACGUAUCCCUCUACGGAGUCAACUUCGAAAUGGCCAACAUCAUUGAGAGGGCGGACAAGAGCAUGCGCGUAGACUUUUUCGGCGGCAGCGAGGUCAGCUGGUCGGGCUCGAGCUUGUUGCAGCCGAGACCGGUGUACAACGUCACCAUCAACUCGCCCGAGACCGGUAUCUAUGGAAGUCUCAUCUUGCGAGGCAACACCGUCGCCCCCCACUACACCUGCGGCACCGACGCGGCCGGCGUAAACGAGAAAAACGUCGAAGGCGUAGCCUGGGCCAACGCCCUCCCCGACGCCGAAGCAGCAGUCGACCUCAAGCUCGACGACACGACCAUCUUCCCGGCCGCCUUCUGGGGCCACGCGCGCCUUGGGCCCUACGCCGUUGUCUGGUGGCACUCGCACGCGCAAGAUGGCACCGAGAUCAGCUCAGAGUACCUAGCCACCUACGAGGAUGGGCACGUGAUUGCUUCGAGAUGCGUCGACCGCGCGAAUAAUACGCUAGGAUGGGGCGAGGGGCAGAUUUGGCCGCUUGUGCCUGGGACGCCGGCGCCUGCUGGGAUGAUUGUGCGGUGGGAUUUGGGAGAUGCUGGGGUGUUUGUGGCGAAUAUUACGAGUAAGGAUAUUUUUGUCACGAUUCCGUUCUGGCAGGCUGGGAGAGGACCUGUUUCUGGGGGGUUCGUUGGGGGAGAGCAGUAUACGGAUGAGACUGGUUUGUGGUCUCUUAACCAGCUCCCCAAGUUGUAG